AUGCAUACUAAAGAAUUUUCUAGCAAGCUUCGGAAGAGGGAAAACGAAAAUGAUUUAUCACCGAAUUCAAGCUCUUCUUCCGUCGAAAGAUUUAGGUGCCCCCAUCCUGAAUGCAAUAAAACUUUUUCACGCCAAGAACAUUUAUCAAGACACAAGCUAAAUCAUUGGCCAAAAGAAAUAUAUGUUUGUUCUUUCGUACUCCCUACUACAAAUGCCCCUUGUAAUAAAACAUUUGUAAGGAAAGACUUACUGAUCAGACAUGAAAAGAGGCACUCAAAGGUGAAAAAUAGGUUAAUCCGUGCAAACAAGGAACAGGCUUCCUCAACAGACAAUUCUUUUUCUAAACAAUUGCCAUAUAACCCCAAUGAAGCGGCGAUUUCUGCGCAGAAUGCUCCUUCUAUGGCGAAUCCACUAAAGAAUUCUGGAAGCCCUCUUUCAGUUAUGCCCAUAUCGAAGUUACGUCCCUUUCUUCAACAACCACAGCAACCACAGCAACCACAGCAACCACAACAACCACAACAAGUGCAAUUUCCACAACAGCUGCGGGCACCGUUGCAGCAACCUAUAUUGCAGCAACAAAUGCAUACGCAGCAGGCAAGCCCUACGCUUCCCUCUUAUGAUCCUCGAACAAGAGGCAACGGUCAAAAUAACCAAUUCUUCAAUUUGCUAUUUGAUAACCGUGUCGGCGCUAACACUUUCGAAAUGGAAGGACCUAACAGUAAUAGUAGCAACAAUGAUCAGAGUAUAAAUAUCAACCCAGCUAUACAGCAACGAUAUCAAGAUAGAACUAUCCCAAAUACUGCACAUCAACAAUCAUUUCAGCCAUUCCCUCAGGAUCGGCUACAAGAACAAUAUUUUCAGCAGCAGAAGCUUACUCCACAACAACAACAGCAACAACAACAACAACAGCAACAACAACAACAACAGCAACAACAACCGCAACAACUGCAGGUACCACAACAGAAUUUAUUUGCAGAUCAAUUGACAUCUUCCUCUAGCGGUGCUAAUUUGUCCAUUAUGCAGGAUCUUUUUUCAACAAGUUUUUUGAAUAGCGACCCUUUACAAUCGUUCAUGCAAGAGCUUUCUGAGGCUCCACAAGUAAAUAUCGAAGAUACAUUUUCGGGCAAGACCACAGUCCCAACCGAUGAAAAACGCCUUCAACCAGGUGAGAAAUUUCAGCAUCCUCCAGUUAUGUUUGACUUGCAACAAGAAGAUGUUAAAAUACCUAAAGCUCAACCAAAGUUUAGUGAUAAUCCCAGUACCUCAGUAAAGGACAACAUUUCCAGUCAAAAGCUAAAUAUAAACAAACUAAAACGGACAUCUUCCAAAGAUUCUGGGGUGGCAAGAAAUUCCUCUCUAAAUUACAAAGAACAAUUGCGCCAUUCAAUGAAGAGCGUCCCGUCGUUUUUCCAUCCUCAUCCUACAACAAAGUAUAAGAUAUGUAAAGAGAAGUGUCAAGAAAUGUUUGCGUUUGUUCCAGAACUGCGCUACGUAUCAAUUGACGCUAUACACAAAUCGUUAAAGUCAUUUUGGUUGAAUUUUCACCCACAAUACGGCCUACUCCAUAAACCUUCCUUCCACGUGGACAAACAGCCUGCGAUUUUGAACUUGGCCCUAAUCAUGACUGGCGCAAGUUUUCUGGGAAGCGAAUAUCGUGAACAAAUUAGUGAUCCAAUUUGUGGCCCUUUAAGAUGGAUAAUUUUUUCUCAUGCUGAUUUUCAACCGCCUUCCAAGACUUACAUUAUUCAAAGUUUACUAUUAGUAGAGGGAUACGAAAAAACCAGUACAAAUAGAUAUUUACACGAAAGGUCUUUCUUACACCAUGGAACAACCAUCCAAUUGUUAAGGCGAACACCUUCCUUAGGUGGCCAUCCAUUAAUGGUUAAGACUGGCAAAACUUCGGGAGAAAGUCCAAUUCAGGACCCGCAAGAAGUUUAUAAAAGGUGGAUUGAUUUUGAAAUGCUGAAGAGAAUAGCAUUUUACGCAUUCUACAUGGACACUACGCAUGCCGUAGUGUUUGGUUAUUGGAAUUUAUUCAUAAAUAGCAACCAGAUUCAACUAACUUUACCUUGUCCAGAUCAAGUCUGGGAGUCUUACGAUUUGAGCUACGAAACUUUAAUGGAACAUGGGUAUGGCAGUACAAAAAGGGAUGAGAAUAACACAUUUUUGUCUGCAUUGAUGCAAUUAAUGAAAAACGUCGUUCAAAUCUUACACAACAAUAAUAUACAGAAAAACAAAGUUAAUAAUGGUGGCAAGGAGAGUAGCCAAAUAGGCUUAGAAGAUACUACAAACUGGAACAUUCAAAGUCUCUUCGGUAAAAAGAUUCUUUUAGCAGGGAUAAUUUCAAUUUUAUUUCAGUGCCAGGAGGAAGUUAAUGGUGAUUAUUUUAUCACGAACUUCAGAGGUGGCAUUACUGAUCAUCUAGGCCUUUCUUGGAAAGACAUUCUAUCUUUUGCAAUGAACUAUUGGCUUCAUGAAGUUCAAAAGAGUUGUACAGAUCCGAAAGCAUGUAGAAUAAAUACCCCCCCUGAAGAGGCCUCAAGGAACGAUGAAAGUAAGCAGGACAACGGAGAUGAAGCAGACGAUGAUGAUUUAGACUUACUUUCCUCCGAUAAUCCUUCUAAUUGUAAAAUACCCGUCAUUCAUAUUUCUCAAAUCGUUUUACGUAUUCUGCAUCACGAUUAUUAUAUAUAUGCAGGAGCGCCUUGGAGAAUGAACGUUCCAAUUGGCCGCGACGAAUACGACAUGAUCAGUCGGAGGAUUCUCCAAUUCGCAAAAGACCCCUACAACGGCGGUGUAGCUGUCAUUUACGCUUUCCAAUUUUUGUUUGAAAUGUUUAUCAUCAAAGAGAAUAGCUUCCCAGUUGUUGUUAGAAAUUACAAUGUGAAUUCUGAUCCCGUAUUUACCAGGCCAUAUGCUAUUGCAUUAACUUCGCUUCUUAUUUGGUCAUGUAAUUUUGCGCUGCAUGGAUGUGAAGUCAGCAUAUGGAACAAUGUGGAUGCCUCGAACAAGGAGUGCUCUCAGUCAAAGGACAGCAAUAAUAAAAGCAAGAUUAGCCCCGGCGGCGAUAAUGGAUCGGCGAUUGCAAAGAACAACUUGAAAAAGAAGGAGAACUACCUUCCUAUGGAAAGUUUUGAAGUAUACUUGUUAAGAAUGUACCAAAACUUGUAUGUAGACAGCUCACUCGAUGUACUUAGCUUUCAAAAUGAAAUUUGGGCAAAAGCAAGUAUGCUACAGCAAAUUUCUAAUACCCACUUUUUAUGUGGGAUGAUGCAAUUUAUGAGGGAUACUUUUAGCAAGAGUUACUGGGAUUUAGGGCGCGAAUUUGGGAGACUCUUCGAUAACUGCUUAGAGAGGAGUCUGGGGAAAACGUCGCCCACAUGCCAUAACAUGUUUGAUGUUUAG